GCGAAAGAGAGAAAGGAUUUUUUCAAUUUCUAGAAUUCGUAAUUUUCUUUUGGAGGAUUGAACACGUACUGUUUGUCAUCGUUCGAAAAACCGAGAGAUGGGCAUGAUAGCGCGCGUGAGGCGUCGCGUCCGCGCGAACUCGCUGACGGUCGACAAGGAGAAAACGGCACAAAGCGUCUGUCUUCUAAGCGCGGUGCUUCUUCUGCCCUAUUGCCCACGCGGCCCGCUGCCACUUUUACCAUCGCCUGCGCCGGUCCUAUAUUCAGCCCUCGUCCUGCCGGUCGUUUUAAGCGCGAAUUACAGAUAUCCGGUCCCGACCCUCAAGACUCUCGCCGAGGCGGCUAAAGGUGGAGCCAAGAGAGCAUGGCAUCCUCUGAACUGCUUCCUGAGACGAUUAUAUGCACCGGUGGACCGCGCGGAGAAUCUCUUCCUGAAGAUGCGCAAUCUCUCCGUCAUGGCGAACCAGAUAGUGUUCCUGAUCUUGGCCGAUAAAGUGUUGUUGCCGCAGCAGAGGUUGACCUGCUUGUACACGCUUAUGUUCUACAACGUGAUAGCCUAUUGUGUGAGCUACAUCAAGGAGUUGAUCCAAAAGGAGGAUUGGUCACCAUACGUCACCUUAACUGAGCGAUCUAAGAUCAAGCAUCUCGCAAUGUCGGCCACCAAGAUCGUGCUCGAGUGGACCAAGGCGGUAACAUUCGUCGUUACGUUGACCUUCAUGCUUCUUGUAUUCGGACUGGAGCAAGGCCUCGAUCAUUACAAACCUUCAUUGAUGUAUACGAUGAUUACGUGGAUUUAUUAUUCAGCGACGGAGAAGGUCUUCGUCGAGAUGUUCCCAACCAUCCUGGGUUUCUUACAGCUAGAAGCAUUGGAGAACAUCGAGAAUCUGUACGCGCCGGUGAUACUCCGCUGCUUUACGAUCGCCAUGUCAGCAAUCUUUAGCAUUCUGUUAUUGCCAUCGGCCUCUUGGAGGUUCCUAAUGGUUGUCACGUAUUUGAACGUGUAUCUGCGAUGGAAGGAACUGAUGGAGAAUUCAGGCGCGGUGCUGCGACGAGAACGUGAAGUGUUGAAUCGCUACAGGAAAGCGACCCUUGAAGAGAUCGAGAGAUUUGAUGACGUGUGUGCGGUGUGUCUGUGCGGUAUGACGAAGGCCAGAGUGACACCCUGCCAUCAUCUCUUCCACGCGGAUUGCCUGCGACAAUGCUUGAAGACCAGCGAUAAAUGUCCCAUGUGCAAGCGCGAACUCAAGUUCGACUAAAUAAACGACACGGGGAAUAUACCCUUUUGAUUGCCUCCAGAAAGAUUUACGAGAUUCUCAAAACGCGCCGUUGAAGAAGACGAAGAGAAGAGAGACGUAUACGGAUGACAUUUCGCGUAUGGAAGAUUUACGGCGUCUUUCAUAUAUUUGGAUUUACGACGUCAUUGGCGUCGGAAGAAUUUACGGCAUUCUUUUCGUAUAAAAAGGAUUGAAAAAAAGAGCUUUAGAAAAGAUUUAAAAUGAAACUCUUGGACGUGUGUAUUAUUCGAAAAGAAUCAACGAAAAGAGAAAGUUUGCGAUAUUAUGGAAACAUCGAUAAUAUUCGCAACGCAUGGAAUGCAUGUUCCUUUAGAUAUACAUUACUGUGAUAUAGAUCAGCAGCACUGCGUAGCUUAUUAUUGUUAGGAUUAUCGGAGAUAUACAAUAACUUUACUAUCAUAUUGGUCAAUUCGUGACCAACACGUAAUUUAUAACUUUAAUGUAAC